AUGCACGAUGAUCGGAAGAAAAUAACAAUGUAUCCACAAGUCAAAAACGAUAUGAUGAGAAACUAUAUCAAAUUGAAACGAUUUAUAACCACACAAAACCGAAUUGCAGUAUUGCUACUAUUUGUUCUAAUCAUUGGCACUCUUCUACUAUUUCGAUCUUAUCGUUCCAUGGAUAUUCCACAGACUAUCGAACAAUCAAAUGAACCUGUUCAUGUCGACUUUUAUGUUAUGUCAAAAUGUCCAGAUGCUAAACUUUGUGAAACAAAAUUUGCUGAUACAUUAAUUAAAUUAUCAUCGAUUAUUAAUUUUACCGUUAAUUUUAUUGCUACAGAACCAAAACCAAAUGAAUUUGAAUGUAUGCAUGGUAAUGAUGAAUGUACAGGUGACAAACAACAAUUGUGUGUACAACAUCUUGCAAGUCAAACAGUUUUACUUAAAUUUUUACAAUGUCAAUCAGAGACAAUAUUAAAUAUACCGGAUAAUGCUGAAAAAUGUUUAACAGAUACAAGUUUAAAAUAUAGUGAUGUAAAAACCUGUGUUGAUGAACAAGGAAAUUUAUUACUUCAUAAUUCUAUUCAACGAACAGUAGCAAGUAAAGUAAAAAAUUCAUGUACAAUGUAUUUAAAUAACAAGUUUUGGUGUAAACAUGACGGUGUAUGGACAAAUUGUGCUGAAGGAAAUGAUGAAACAAGUUUAAUAACAGCAAUUUGCAAACGUUAUACGGGAGAACGAAAAUCAACAAUAUGUCCAACAUAA